AUGCGCAGCCUCGCGGCAGCAGGAGGCGCAGACACGGAGGAGCCAGCCAACCUGGAGAGCUUCGGAGGCGAAGACCCCAGACCUGAGCUGCUGGGCACAGCUGACUUGCUGAGCAGCCUGGAGGACCUGGAGCUCAGUAACCGCAGGCUGGCUGGGGAGAACGCCAAACUGCAGCGCAGCGUGGAGACCGCUGAGGAGGGGUCUGCGCGCCUAGGGGAGGAGAUCCUGGCCCUGCGCAAGCAGCUCCGCAGUACCCAGCAGGCCCUGCAGUUUGCCAAGGCUGUGGACGAGGAGCUGGAGGACCUGAAGAGUCUGGCCAAGAGCCUGGAGGAACAGAAUCGCAGGCUUCUGGCCCAGGCCCGGCAGACAGAAAAGGAACAGCAGCAUCUGGUGGCUGAAAUGGAGACUCUGCAGGAGGAGAACGGAAAGCUACUGGCAGAGCGGGAUGGAGUGAAGAGGAGGACUGAGGAGCUGGUCAUGGAGAAGGAUGCUUUGAAGCGGCAGCUCUAUGAGUGUGAACGCCUCAUUUGCCAGCGAGACACGGACCUCUCCGAGCGCACGUGCCACGCGGAGAGUCUGGCCAAGACCUUGGAGGAGUACAGGACGACAACCCAGGAACUGAGGUUGGAAAUCUCACACCUGGAGGAGCAGCUGAGUCAGACCCAUAAGGGGCCGGAUGAGCUACCCAAAGGGGCUCAGGCGAGAAGCGUGGACUGGACCAAGCUGCUGCCCCCAUCCCUGGGCGUGGAGAUCCAGGCCAUUCAGCAGAAACAAGAAGAGGCAGCCACCCACCUCUCCAGCCCUCUGUGCGGGGUGUGGCAGUGGGAGGAGGGCACCAGGGAGAGCGACGAGGAAGCUGAGUUUCUGCCUGAAGCCCCAGCUGAGGGACCGAGGAACUUCCAGGGAGAGCCAGCGGACCCGCAUGAAGGAAGGAAGGAGCGGUCAAUGUGGUUGCCCAGAAGAGAGGAAGAGGAGGAAGCGGAGAUCCAAGUCACGGCUGAUCUCUCCAUCCUUCUGGGAGACCCUCACCCUGGAGACAUUCCAAGCAGCCCUCCUGAGAGGCCCUCCCAGCCAGACCUACAGCACGCGCUGGUGCCUGUGGAGAGGAAGCUGGUUCCGGUUAGGAGGCCAGUCUGGAGCCACUUCUGCCUGUGCCCCCUGCACCCCCACCCCCAGCAGCUCAGGGUCAGGCGGCAUCCGCUGAUUCCCGCGCCUGUCCUGGGUCUCCUGCUGCUGCUGCUGCUCUCCGUCCUGCUGCUGGGCCAGCCCCCGCCCCCCACCUGGCCCCACCUCCAGCUCUGCUACCUCGGCCCUCCCCCAGUGUGAGCCAUGCUCCCCGCCCCU